AUGGCCCAGAAUCAGUCGGUUGACGAAUUACGAUCACGUUUUGUUCGCUUUUUUUCGUUCUUAAUAGGAGAGGAAGCAACUGACGUGGAUCAAGUAAAAUGGAUGGCUUGUAAUAACAAAGGCUUCAUGGUGCAUAUCAGUAAUCUUGCCGAUGUGCAGGAGAAAGUUCAGCACUAUAUCAAAGUAAUGUCGCGACCCGUUGGAAAGCACGCCGGAAUGUUUAAUGAGAAGGAUGCCAUCUGGAGUGGCGUAUAUAAAGAACGACUGACUGAAAUGCUGGUUACAACAGUGAGUUAUCCGGUGAUCCAAGACGACGAAUUGAGAGGUGUGGUGGCUGUUGGUGUACCCGUCACCGAAUUGGCACAGCUAGCACAUACAGCUAAUGUAAGGCAUAUCUCCAUAAAACUUUUGAAUGCAUUUGUGGAAGUCCUGGAGUGCUGA